AUGCCCUCUUCAGCUGCCAGUUUUGAGACACUGCAUUGUGAAGGACCUGUCAUCACUGAGGACAGCAGCUGCCACUCUGAUGAUGAUCUGACUGACCCAAAGGAAGGUGCCUUCCAGCUCAACAGCUACACUUUCAGUGAACCCUUCCAUCUGAUUGUGUCCUAUGACUGGCUGAUUCUCCAAGGUCCAGCCAGGCCUGUAUUUGAAGGGGACCCACUGGUUCUGAGCUGCCGGGCCUGGCAAGACUGGCCACUGAAUCAGGUCACCUUCUACCGAGAUGGCUCAGCCUUGGGCCCCCCAGGACCUAACAGGGAAUUCUCCAUGGCUGUGGUGCAAGAGGCAGACAGCGGGCACUACCACUGCAGUGGCAUCUUCAGGAGCCCUGGUCCUGGGAGUCCAGAAACAGCAGCUGCUGUGGCUGUCACAGUCCAAGAACUGUUUCCAGCCCCUGUCCUCAGAGCUACACCCUCAACUGAGCCCCAAGAGGGAGGCCCAGUGACCCUGAGCUGUCACACAAAGCUGCCCCUGCAGAGGUCAGCUGCCCGCCUCCUCUUCUCCUUCUACAAGGAUGGAAGGAUAGUGCGAAGCAGGGGCCUCUCCUCAGAAUUCCAGAUUCCCUCAGCUUCAGAAGAGCAUUCUGGGUCCUACUGGUGUGAUGCCGCCACUGGGGACAACCAAGUUUGGAAACAGAGCCCCCAGCUGGAGAUCAGGGUGCAGGGUCCCUCUGGCUCUGCUGCAUCCCCCAUCUUGAAUCCAGCUCCUCAGAAAUCAGCUGCUCCAGAAACUACUCCUACGGGGCCCCCUGGGUCUCUGCCUCCACUGCCCACCCCUUCUUCUGAGGAUCCAGGCUUCUCCUCUCCUCUGCAAACGCCAGACCCCCGUCUGCAUUACCAGAUGGGCAUUCUUCUCAAACAUAUUCAGGAUGUGAGAGUUCUCCUUGGUCAUCUAGUCAUGGAGCUGAGGGACUUGUCUGGCCGCCUGAAGCCUAGAACUACCAAGGCCAAACAAAAGUAAACUAUUCACCCAUGAUAUUGUUCAACCACCCCCAAUAAAUCCAACUCUUCCUAUU